AGAGUAUGCACAAACUUAUUGAUGACUAAUGAUGUUUUCUGAUUGCCAACACAAAGAAGACAUGCCAGCUAUAUUCAUCAUGCAUCUCAAACUCAUUUUAAUAUUCAUGGCAUCUUGCAGAAUAACACAUGCAGUAUCAUUAAUAAAUUCACAAUGUUGGACUAACAUGUAACAAGCUUACCAUAUUCAAAGGAAAAUUCAUGUAGGCACCACAUGCUCUACUCCAUCAUUAACAACUGCCCUCUAUUUUAUUCAUUUCCUUUCUAUAUGAACUUGAUAAUUAUCAACCAAUAUCAUGAUUAGCUCUUAUAUAAAGAGAGAGUCUAGCACUUGGUAAUAUCAAACAAACAUCGAGCUUUACAAAAUAACAAACAACAGAUUAAAGAGAAAUAUGGCAAGCAACAAGUACCAUGUUCGCUCAAACAGUUUUCCUUCUCAAUCUCAUCCUAACUCCACAAGAAUAGAACAAGAGCUAACCAAAAUCAAGACAUGGGAAGCCACAUCAACAUCCACAUCUGAUUCAAUUACCAAUGGCCUCUUCUUGCUUGAAGAUUUGUAUAUAUCUUUGGAAGAUCUUCUAAAUAUGACAUCAACACAGAAGCUUGUUUCUCACCAUCAAGGUGAGAAAUUUGUGGAAGAGUUGUUGGAUGGUUCAGUGAAAGUUUUGGAUAUCUGUGGCAUCACAAGGGACACCAUGUUACAAAUUAAAGAAAAUGUUCAAUCACUUCACUCUUCUCUUAGAAGGAGAAAGGGAGAUUCAAGCAUUGAAACAAGUGUAGCCGAAUAUAAAUUCUUCACAAAGAAGAUGAAGAAGAAUGUCACAAAGUUGAUCACAUCUUUAAAACAUAUGGAAACUAAAUUUGGAGUUUCUUCACUUUUGAAUCAAGAUCAAGACCUUGUCGCAGUUAUUACAGUUCUUAGAGAGGUCAUUAAAAUGAACUUGUCUAUCUUUCAAUCCAUUUUCUCUUUCUUGGUUGGAUCUUCAUCAAAGUCAAAGGCAACCAAAUGGUUGAAAGUGACAAAGUUGAUGCAUAAGAGGGUAUCCUCUGAAGAGAACUCAGACAAUUUCAAUGAAUUGGAAUGUGUUGAAGCAUCUUUAAGAACCCUUUCAAGUGAAGGUUCUAAUGUUGCACAUGAAAGAUUUGAGGCUUUGGAGAAUGCAAUUGAAAGUAUAGAAAAUGGUUUAGAGAAUAUAUUUAGGUGUUUGGUUAAAACUAGAGUCUGUCUUUUGAAUAUCAUGACUCUAUCUUAGGGAUUUGAUGAGGCUUGAAAAAUUUUGUACAGUUAAUUUGUAUAUAAAUACUGUAUACAAUUCAAUAGAAACAACAAAUUUUUGCUCUA